AUGGUGUCAGUUACUGAAAAUGGAAAAGACAACAAAGAAAAGAAAGAGGAUUCAACUGAAGAGACAGAGCCUAUUAAGGGCUCACAGAGUUUACCAGAUGUUUCUGCAACAGAGACCAGCAACCAUGUGGCAGAAGAAGCAACAGAUGAAAUAAAAUCCCAAGAAUCAAAGCUGGUGAGACAGCCAGAAAUUCCAACUAGUUCAACAAAGGACGCUAUUCCUGAAGUCUCAGGGAAUGUUGUGAUUAGAAAACCUGAAAAAGUGAUUUUUUCUUUAGAUGAAACUAAACCAAAAUCAAAGCUAGAACAACCAUGGAGGAAAAAUAUUUUGGAAAGAGUGGAGGCGAGUGCCCGGAAAAUACAGCAGAAAAUAAUAGAUAAAGAUAAUCUAAAGAAGGAACUAGAAAAAAAGUCUGAAAAAAAACUCCCUAAGGAUAAUUUAGCCCAACAGUGGUUUGAUACUGAAACUACAACACUGAAAACUCGUGCAUAUUUGCUGGACAAACUUCUACCCACCUUAGUUCCUGGAGUGGAAAAAAUGUUAAUGCAAUUAGAAAAGAAAAAGAUUUUGACAGAAGCUGAUACUCCAACCAAGUUUGAUCCAAUUAAUUAUUUGGGAGAAUAUUUAAUGAGAAACAAUCCUUCUUAUAUCAAAGCUCCAAAAAUGUCUGGUUACCAGAGGGUGAUGAGAGAUGUCACAGAAGAACUGAAGGUGUAUGUUCCUGACAGUAUUUGCUACAGAGUAUCUAAGGUGAAGGAGAAUGUUACACAGAAAAGAGAACAAAGAGUCCACAUAAACACAAUCAAAGUCAGGGUGGCCAGUGUGCGGAAACAGGCUCUGCAGGAACAAUUUGAUGAAUGGAUUCUAGACCCUAGAGGAAUGAUUCCUACCGUAGUGAUUCAAAAUGUUCUUCAUGAAUUUUUCCAAAAGCCAGAAUUCGAGCUUGAAUCACAUUGCAAACAAUUGGAUUUUACUGACUCCGUAGAAUCAGGAUUGAACAAAACGGAAUUUUCAGAAUACAUCUCUUCACAUAUUGCAGACCUUAAAAGUGAAAUUUUUGAGGAACUUCUGAAGCACCUUUGCCACUGUGCAGAUGAUUUCCGGGAGGUCGUAAAAGCUGACUUACAGAGACAGAUGUUUGCUGACCUCUUUCUAUAUUGUGACUCUGGGAAGGUAGGGGUUUUGGAUCGGCAGAGGACAUUGGCCUUGCUGGAAACAUUCUAUGAUAGACUUAAACGAAGGCGUAAGCAUUUACUUAGAAACCCAAGACAAUGGCCAUUUGUUGAAUUUGAAGAGAUAGACUUGCUUGAGUUCUGGGGAGACAUGGAUAAUCAGAAACAUAUUUAUGAAGACUUUGAUAAGGUGCUUUUAAGGAUGAAUGCAUUACUUUCUGAAAAACAUGACAGCAAAACUCAAAAUCAGUUAUCAGAAAACCAACAAGAACUUGAUGAACAGAGGAAAUCAAGCCUACCAGAACAGCUUAGAGAGACAACUGCAGAGCAAGGACCACAAAGAACUUCAACUGCAGAACAAGAAUCCUAUGAAGAACCAGACACAGAACAAGAAAAUAUCCCAGAGUCGAUUGAAGGACAAGGGUCACGCAGAAGCUCCAUGAUAGAACAGGGAGCACCCAGAAGGUCAAUAGAAGAACAAGGGUCACGCAGAAGCUCCAUGACAGAACAGGGAACACCCAGAAGGUCAAUUGAAGGACAAGGGUCACGCAGAAGCUCCAUGACAGAACAGGGAACACCCAGAAGGUCAAUUGAAGGACAAGGGUCACGCAGAAGCUCCAUGGUAGAACAAGAACCAAGAAGAGAUCAGCACAAAGGAUCAACAGCAGGUCAAGGACCACACAAAGCAUCAUAUUCAGAAUAUGGAUCACACACAGAGUUAACAACAGAAGAACCACACACAGAAGAGCACAAUCUAUAUGGAGAGAGAAUUCCAGAAAAACAAGAGGAUGUAGACUCAACUUCACCAUCAAGGGAAGUUAGAAUCUCUAGAACAAGUGCAGAAUCUGAAUAUAUUGAAUUCCCUUCACAAGAAAAGGAGCAACUGUAUGAAGAGGAAUUAUUAGAAGAACUACAAGAGGACCUUCCUACAUCCAGUAAAAAAGAUAGUUCAGGUACUACCACAAGAAAGGACAUUCAGAAAGACAGAUCCUGUGAACCCAAGUCCCCCAAAAUAGAAGGAAAAUCAUGGUCAGGUGAAUUUUUUGCUUGUAACUGGAGGAGGAAGUAUGUCAAAUUUGAAGAUGAGGAUCAAGCACACUUAAUCUAUAAUAACUCCAAGUUUACAGACCUACACCCGAUUAUCAGAAAUAUUCAGUCUUACAAGGAAAUAAGAGGGAGGAGUGCCUUCAAUGGAGUUUCUUUCAAUCUGCUCCAGUUUGUGCAGCUCCUAGAGACAUUUGUUGGUGAAGAUGCCCCCUUGAGUGUCAGCGAGAGCCUGAUUUCCUUUUUUAAGAGGGGCUAUUUUGAAACAAAAGAAGAGAAAAUGAGUGCCUUAGAACAGGUUAGACAAAAGGCUUUCCGAGUCCGCCGGGAGCUUCUUCUAGAAGCCCUCUUUCAGAAGUGGGACAGUGAUGGCUCAGGCUUCCUGGAUCUGAGAGAAGUUGAUGAACUCUUGUACACAUACAAGGAGGGAAUGGAAAAAGAAUGUAUGAAGAAAGCUAAACUACACUUCCAGUUUCCAAAGUCAUACCAUGGACAUGAAGUAAAGUUGUCUUCAAAACAAUUUCAGAAAUACAUAGAAUUAGUAGUAUCUGAACUCAGGGGCAAUGAAGAUCAAGUUAUGGAAAGUAUUGUGGAAUUUCUGAUGAAUUCUUUAAAGAGGAGCCAUAUUGAGGGUCUUAGGAAUUGUGCAAGACGAAAAUGGCUGCACCAAAUCCAACAUGCUGCAGAGACAAGUGGAGUGUCUGUGGAGCCAGUAUACACUGAGACCUUUAAGACCCUCACCCAGGAUGCUGAAACUCAUGGAAAUAAGAAGAUUAGUGCUCACAUUUCCCUCUUAGAAGAAAAUGAACUACUGCCUGAUCGAGGGUCUGUUCUACUGAGAAAUGUGGCUUGUACCCUAGAUGAUGCUUCAUUCGUACUAAACAGAGUACUUUACCGGGACAUGGAAGGAAUCAGCUUUUCAGUAGUGGAUGAAGGGAAGCCAGUCCAUGUCCCCCAAGUACAGUACCAUGGGAACAUCAUCUUCUGGAACCAUUCCCGCAAUAAGAAUGAUCGAAAUGGGUCAUUACUGGCUCUGCCUCUGCAUGAUGCAUAUAUGAGGAUCUUUGGGGUCCUGGCAGUUGACACACUUAGAGAUCCCCACAAAAUAAACAUCUUCUUACCUCAUGAGAUCAGAUUCUAUCAGGGUGUUGCCAAUGUCUUUAGCACUGCCUACCACUACGUUCACAGCCGGGAACAUAUCCUUCAUAUUGUGAUCACUGGCAUUGGCUGGCUCUUCAAUGUCACAUCCAAUAUCAUCUCCAUCACUACAUACUUUGUUGAGCCUAGCCCACACCAGGAUUCAGACUAUGUUUUACGCAAUAUGAUGGUUACAGGGAAGCUGGGUCUAACAGAAAUCCACACAAAUCCCCCUAUUACCUUCAGGAAAACAUGUGUCUUCAGGUAUGAAAUCUUCACAGAUUUCCUCUUCAAGUGUACAGACAGUUCAGAAGUUGUUCUGGCCUCUGCCCGUGGAGAAACCCAUAUAGUAAUUCCCCUUCGUGAGAGAACAGGAGAGGCUCUGGGAGCCCUUGAUGUUAACAUUGGCCAGACCAGGAUGUUGUUCUAUCAAGAAUAUAAAGAUCUACAGAAAAUGAUGAAGGUGAUCCAAGCUGCCUGCUAUGAAAUACUAGGAGAAUUCUCCGGAGAGAUAAAGAAAAACAUUGUCUUAGAGAUGGAAAAAGUUGGGGAAGUCCAACGAGCAGGAAUUAUCUUCUUCCGAAUCAUGUUGCAGGAACUGCAGGCAUGCCUCAAACUACUUAGUUCCAUGGACUUUGUGACACUGUUGCUCUACGAUCAUAAUACUCAGAUAGAGACAACGUCUUCUAAAGACAGCAAGGCCAAGGAGUUGAAAGCCCACGUAAACCUAGUGCAUGACAUCCUGAAGGGAGUUAUCUUAUUCUUUCAUACAGAUUUGGAAUCUGAACCUGCAAGUGAAUCUGAAUCUGAAGAUUGGGAUAAGGAUAAACUUUUUGUUAACAAAUAUUUAGUGGAGAGUAUUUGUUCCUUUGAUCCAACUGCUAGCCAUGUGGAAGUCAAUGUACAGCUCAUUAAUAAAUAUAUCAAAGGUCAUUCCCGAAUUGAAGUAUGGAAAUUUGGUAAUACCGUCAUUGAACUUCUGUAUCACUGGAUACACGUCUCUUUAGCUCUUAUGCAACUAAGCAAAAAAGUUAAUAAUGCUAUUAUACCUCCAUUGCCCUCCAAGUCUGACAGCAGUAGGUAUGCAAAAAUGCCUGGGGAACCUUUGCCAAAGAAAUAA